GCAUGCUACAAAUUUGGUAACUUACAGCUCUUGCGAAAGCGGUUCCUUUUCAUCAUCAAGAAUGGUAGGACGUUAACUUCUCAUCACACAAUCUAAACCUGUAAUCAUCAGUCCAGCUCGAUGCUUUUGCUUCUUUAAUUGAUCAACAAAUGGCUUGUUAUGAUGAUGGGUACAUGUGGCCUCAAGAUCAACACCUCACAUAUGAUCUUCUACAUCACCCAGAUUCAGUAAGUUUUUCUGGUUAUGAUGAAGUUGAUACUUAUGAUACUUACACUGUUUCUGAGUUUUAUGAGCCUAAAUUCAUAGAACAUUAUCAUCAUCCACAAGAUUAUGAUUAUGGUCAUAAUUCAUAUUCAUCGGCUGGUCCUGAGAUCAAUUACUUUGCGUAUAACUAUGUGGAGCCUAAGUUAAUUGCAUAUGAACCAGUUGCUUGUGACACUGGCUAUGUCUCGUAUCACACCAACUAUUCGAUCUCUUAUCCUCAACCAAUGGAUUCGGGAUUUAACGAGCCUGAAUUUGAAGAGUAUGAUCCAACCCCUUAUGGAGGUGGCUAUGAUAUUGUGUCUGUAUAUGGAAAGCCCCUUCCACCAUCAGAUAAAACUUGUUAUCCUCGUUCUAACCCCAACCCCAUUGAGCCGACCCCCAAGUCCAACCCUGAGUUUAAACCCGAACCCACGUCCAAGCCUGAGCCCGGGUCUAAACCCAUCUUUAUUCCAACUCCUAUCCCUCUGGUUGACCCUAAACCUGAGCCUGUUCCAAUUCCUGUUCCUUUGGUUGAGCCUGAGCCUGAGCCUGAGCCUGCGCCUGCGCCUGUUCCGGUUCCUAUGCCUGAGCCAUUAGAGUCGAAAGAAGUAGGAGCAACGGAAAGGGAAGAACACAGUUAUCCUGAUUAUGGAUAUGAUUAUCCUUGGCCUGAAUAUGAUCAUGGAUAUGGAAUUGGAGUGGGGUAUGAUCAUGGAUAUGGGAAACAAGUGGUUCAGAUUCCUCCAUAUGAAUAUAACCCAGAAGUUGUGGACUUGUGUGAAAACAUUUUUGGGAGUUGGCCUUGUUUGACUAGGAUUCGGAAGCAACAAAUGGGUGUUGAUAAUAAUCCAGGAAUCACUUAUCCUGAAAAGGGACACCGUAAUCCAUGGGAAGAUUGUGCUAAUUAUUUCUUUCGAGGUCCGGUGAGAGCAUCUUACGAUCAAUAAGGUUAUGGUCAUGGGUUUUGUACAAUAAUUGUAUGCGUCUCUUAUGCUUUUGUAUUAUCUUCUAUGUAAGUGUCGCAUUCGGUACUUGAUUUCUUUUGUUUCGUAAAAGUAAAAAUCGAAGUAAAAAAUGAAUAUUUACAAACUUCACAACGUACAAGAUUGAAAUGACGUGUUGAUAUGUAUUGGUAGAGCAUCCGCGGACCGCAAUUAUGAAGGUCUAAAGAGAUUUAUGAUUUUGUCUGA